AAACUUGAAUGCAUUAAAUUUAUAACUUCUUCAAACUAAAUUUAUUAUCCUGAAUUCAAAUGUAACAUAUUUAUUGCUGUCAUGGAAAUCCCAGGCAUUAUAAAGAAGCUUGAUGAAACUGUUGUAAAUAGAAUUGCUGCAGGAGAAGUUGUACAAAGACCAGCUAGUGCAUUGAAAGAAAUGAUAGAAAACAGUUUGGAUGCAAAAUCAACAAGUAUACAAGUUGUUGUGAAAUCAGGUGGAAUAAAAUUAUUACAAAUUCAAGAUAAUGGUACUGGCAUUCAAAAUGUAGACGUUAAUGUUCACCCAACAAAACAUGAAGUUCGAUUUUUGAAUGAAGAAGAAAUUUUUGAGAAAUUGCAGCAAGGAGUUGAUGCUAAAUUAUUAGGAUCUAACACUUCUCGUUCGUUUCUCACUCAGACUUUGUUGCCUAGUACAGCAGUGUCUGUUUCUGAAUGCACUGUACAAAGUACAAAAAGUGUAGACCAACCGAAAGAAAAAGAUAAAAAAAUCUAUGAUCAUCAACUUGUUAGAACUGAUUCUAAAGAACAAAAAUUAGAUGCUUUUUUCAAAGCACCAUCUACAAGCUCCCCAGUUUCUGUAAAUGGAAUUAACAACUCUGAAGAUUUGCCUGAACGUUCUGAAAUAUUGUUAACUAGUGUUUUGCAGCUUCGAAAGGAAAUACAAGACGAAUGUCAUGCAGGUUUGUUAGAAAUCAUACAAAACAUGACCUUUGUUGGGUGCAUUAAUUCCCAGUUUGCUCUUUUUCAACAUAGCACAAAACUUUAUUUAGCCAACACCCAUAAACUCAGUGAGGAGCUUUUCUAUCAACUUAUGCUUAAAGAUUUUGGAAAUUUUGCUGCUCUAAAACUUUCAAAUCCAGCUCCAAUAUCAGAAUUAGCCAUGAUUGCAUUGGACAGUGAAGACAGUGGUUGGACGGUUGUAGAUGGCCCAAAAGAAGAUUUGGCUCAAAGUGUUGUUGAUCUUUUAAAAUCUAAGUCUGAAAUGCUGGAUGAAUAUUUCUCUUUAGAAAUUGACGAGGAUGGAAACCUGUUGACGCUACCCAUGCUACUGGAUAACUACGAACCACCUUUGAUCAAUCUACCAAGUUUUGUACUUCGACUUGCAUCAGAUGUUGAAUGGUCUUCUGAAAAAGAAUGCUUUGAAACUUUCUGCCGUGAAGUGGCUGCACUUUAUGCAGUGCCAAAUUCAUCAUAUUUUGAAAAUUCAUCGAACUCAUCAAAAUGUGAAGAAAACAAAAAACCAUCUUGGCAAUGGACAAUUGAGCAUGCAGUUUAUGCUGCAAUAAAAUCUCAUUUGAAACCACCCAGGCGCUUUUCAACAGACUCUAGUAUUUUACAAAUUGCAAAUUUGCCAGAUCUGUACAAAGUUUUUGAGAGAUGUUGACGAUUUUUUGAAUGUUAUUCUGUAAAUAAAAUUUAAUAAAACAGAAUGAAUGCA